AUGUCCAUCCAUGUAAAAUCAAAAUCCAACGCCGAUGAGAGAAAGGCGAAACCGCCGGAUAUCCACACAAGUCCGCCUAGGAUAUCAUAUACACAUAAGAAGAAAGAAAGAAAGUAUUAUACACAGAAUGUGUGGUCGUUCGGACAAGAGAAGAAGAAGAAGAAGAAGAAGAAGAAGAAGAAGAAGAAGAAGAAGAAGAAGAAGAAGAAGAAGAAGAAGAAGAAGAAGAAGAAGAAGAAGUAG